GCGCUGGGAGGCGAUAGCGAGUCCUCGCCGCUGGAACCGCUCGGGGAACGCGAACGAGCGGGCGAGACUUUUACCUUUUCUCUCUUUUCCCGUCUUCACCCACCAUGCUGUGGACGCCGCUGGCCGCGCAGGAGGAGCGGAGCCUCAGCCCGGUGCUUUUCUCCUGAGGAGAUGAGGGAGGCGCGGUCGGGCCGGAGCUAGCGCUGCUGGCGCCUCAUCCCCGUCCCCAGCCACCAUGAGGGAAGAGAGAGAAGUCGCCGCCGCCGCGGCCGCCUCCCACCACGGACCCAGCCGACCCCCGCAGCACUGCCAGCAGCUAGACGGCGGCGGGGCGGCUGCUCCUCCGGCCGUGCCCGGCGGCGGAGGCAGCGCUGAGGGCCUGCGGAACGGCUACGUGAAGAGCUGCGCGACCCCCCUGAGGCAGGACCCUCCGAAGAGCUUCUUUUCCCUGCUGCUGUUCCCAGCCGCCACCUUUUCCACCUCCUGCCGGGCUCUGCUCUGCCUGGGCGCCCUGACCGCCGUUGUCCUUUCACUCCUGGCCUUUCACGACCGGGACAGCGCCGGGAGCCAGCAGGACGGGAGGAGCUGGCGGAACCCCCGGCCUCUGCACGCCUUGCUGUGCCUGACCCCCUGCCUCAGCCCUCUCUUCAGCAUCGCCUGUGCCUUCUUCUUCCUCACCUGCUACCUGGCCGGUGGCAGGCGCGGGGAGCACGGCGGCGGCACGACCCGCUGGUGGCUGCUGGCGCUUCCCGUGUGCUGCUACUUGGGGGACUUCGUGGCGCUGCAGUGUCUGCUGCCUGCGGAGGGGCACGAAGAGGAGCCCCAGCCCCCCGCCGAACCGCAGAUGGUCCUAGGCAGGCUCCUGACAGUGCUGGGCUCGGUGGCAGCUCUCACCCUGCUGCACAGCUCCCUGACUUUGCGCCGGAGCCUUCUCGUCUUGGUCUUCUCCAGUUUGGUGUGGUUAGUGUCGCUCACCAGCCUUCACUGCGUGCCCCCCGCCUUCAGACCGCUGCUGGCCGGCUCGGUCGGGGUGGCAGGCUGCCUCCUGGCACUCUGUGGCUGGGAGCACGGCAUCUUCUCGGCUCAGAGGCGAGGAGCGCACCACCAGCAUCAUCACCACUCACGGCUCCCUAGCGUGGAGGAAAAAGUGCCUGUGAUCAGACCCAGGAGAAGAUCUAGCUGCGUAUCAUUAGGGGAAACUUCGGCCAGCUAUUAUGGCAGCUGCAAAAUGUUUAGGAGACCCUCGUUGCCUUGCAUUUCCAGAGAGCAGAUGAUACUUUGGGAUUGGGAUUUGAAGCAAUGGUACAAGCCCUAUUGCCAGGGAUUCAGUAGCAGAUAUAGCCUGCCAGCACCACAGCUGAGACGAACUUCGGGAGUUUCUGGUGUUCCACCUACGGAGUCAACAUCUAGAUGGGAACGGAGUAGCAGCAAGAGAUCUCAUCAGGAAUAUAACACAUUAAGCCAAGGAUCUCAUUCAAAUGGAUCUUUUGGUGCAAAUAUGCUGACAAUACCAAAACAAAGAUCAUCUUCCAUGACACUGGCUCAUCACAUAGGUCCCAGACGAUCAGGUGCAUCUCCUGGCCUGAGUCCUGUGGGUUCACCUAGUCAUGGAUCUGUCUCCAGCGGGGCUUUCAGCUGCUGGUCGCCUGUAGAGUUUCCUGAUACUGCCGAUUUUCUUACAAAACCAAGCAUUAACAUACAUAAAUCUCCAGGAUACACAUUUAGUUCUCCAGAUUUUCAGCAGCAAGUUAAAACAUCUGUAGGUUAUAUGUGUAGCAGCUGUGGACGUCAGAUAUUCAAGCCUGUCCCAAUGCCAGAACUGGAAUUUGCAGAGUAUAAAGACAGGAUAUCAGGUGAAAUUGGAAGUGCUAGUGAUUCAAAAGAAUCUUUCCACCAUACAGAGAAGAAAAAAGUUGAAACGAAGGAAAUGAUCGAUCAAACACAAAAUAAUCUGCUUGUGGAUCAGAGUCCUGUAUUAGAACUAAUGUUAUUAGACCAUGAUUCACUAAUGGAGAAGAUGAGCAAUUGGAAUUUCCAAAUUUUUGACCUUGUACAAGAACUGGGAGACCAGUCUGGAAGGAUCCUUAGCCAGGUAACUUACACCUUAUUUCAAGACACUGGUUUGUUUGAAAUUUUCAAAAUCCCAACUCAAGAAUUCAUGAAUUACUUCCGUGCACUAGAAAACGGCUACCGAGAUAUUCCCUAUCACAAUCGCAUACAUGCAACAGAUGUUCUUCAUGCAGUAUGGUAUCUGACAACACGGCCUAUUCCUGGAUUCCAGCAAAUUCCUAAUGAGCAUAUAAUGGAAAGUGAUAUGGAUGAAGCCAGUGGUAUUUCUCCUGUUCAAGUCAGCUACAUUUCUUCAAAAAGUUGUUUUAUUGCUGAUGAUAGUUAUGGCUGUCUGGCAUCGAAUAUUCCUGCUUUGGAAUUGAUGGCUUUAUAUGUAGCAGCUGCCAUGCAUGAUUAUGAUCAUCCUGGUCGUACAAAUGCUUUUCUAGUAGCUACAAAUGCACCUCAGGCUGUUCUCUACAAUGACAGAUCAGUCUUAGAAAAUCACCAUGCUGCUUCUGCCUGGAAUCUUUUCUUAUCACGACCAGAAUACAACUUUUUAUCAAACCUUGAUCAUGUAGAAUUCAAGCGCUUUCGUUUCUUAGUGAUCGAAGCAAUCCUUGCCACAGACCUCAAGAAGCAUUUUGAUUUCCUUGCAGAAUUUAAUGCCAAGGUCAAUGAUAUCAACAGUCAUGGUAUAGAAUGGAGCAAUGAAAAUGAUCGCCUACUAGCCUGUCAAAUAUGCAUCAAACUGGCAGAUAUUAAUGGCCCAGCAAAAGACAGAGAGCUGCAUCUGAAAUGGACAGAAGGCAUUGUUAAUGAAUUUUAUGAACAGGGUGAUGAAGAAGCAAGUCUUGGAUUACCUAUAAGCCCCUUCAUGGAUCGUUCUUCUCCACAGCUUGCAAAACUGCAAGAAUCUUUCAUCACUCACAUAGUUGGCCCCCUUUGUACUUCCUAUGAUGCAGCUGGAUUGCUUCCAGGCCAAUGGGUUGAUGAAGAGGACGAUGCAGAAAGUACUGAAGAUGAUGAUGGAGCACAGUUGGAGAGUGAUGAUGAAGAAAUGGAACAUGAUCUUAUUUUCAAAGCUCAAAGAAAAAAAGGUAGACGAGUGUUUUGCCAGCUAACACACCAUCUCAGUGAAAAUCACAAAAUAUGGAAGAAAAUGAUUGAAGAGGAAGAAAAAAAUAAAGCUGAAGGAGCUAAACUGCUGAGUGAGAUCUCACCUUUACCUCAAGCAGAUGAAAUUCAGGUUAUUGAGGAAGCUGAUGAGGAUGAUGAGCGACAACUAGAAGACAAGAUGUGCUAAGAAAUCUUCAGUGGUGUCCAGUAUGAUGAUAGUCUAUUUUUUUUCCACUGUGCUGACUUUAGCCUGACACAUUUCACAUAACAUUUGAAAGGCCUUAAUACUGUGAGAGGAUUCUUUCUACUCUAGUGGAAUCCCACUCCUAUGCACUUUCGCCACACAGAAUAUGAAACUUUAUUCAAAGAUUGAGUAUUGUAUACCCUGAUGCAAAGUUCUUUAUGCCUUAGUUGGUAUAAAAUAUCCUGAUAAAAUGCUGCCUUGCUGAGUAUGGAACUCAUUUUUCUUGAGGUACCUGCAAUUUUUAAAAGCGUUCAGUGACUUCUGUUACCAAAGUGGCAAGAACUUUUUGCUAACAAGGAAAUGUAGGAUGAAUCCUAAUAUUGUCUUGAGUUGUUUAUUUCAUGUUGUUUUUGAACAUGAAUGAGAAAAAGUCUGUGCCUGUAAGAAAACUAUGUUAUCAUUGCAGUGCAAGCCUGUUGUGGGGUGUCUACUUAGUGCAGUAGUGUGCUUAAUGUAGUCACCUCAGCACCUGUUCAAUGACUGUGACAUAAACGCUGAGUUCUGAUACUUGUGGUUUAAAAAAGAAAAAAGAUAAUCCAGGUGCAUCUAUUUCUGAUGCUUUUUAUUAUUGUGCAUAACCUGAUGUUUUAUUUUUGCAGAAAAUAUUAAGGUUUGCAGUGGGUGUUCAUGAUAAUUCAUUGAAUACAAGGCCAUUAUCAUCUGUUGCCUUGCUGUUUUAUGGUAGAACAUUAAAAACCUUUUCUGCUACUUAAAUUAUUAAGGAAUUUUAUUCUUUAAGUCUAAUGCUAUAUUUCCUGCCCUUACUCAGGUUCCUGUCUAAAAACAAGUCAACCACAUCGUAGAUUUUACCUUGCACCAACUUCCGGUAUUAAAUUUUAAGGAAAUAAGAUCGUAUUUCAUUUAUUCUUUGUAUGUAAAACUUUAGGAGAAUUAAAGUUUAAAAAAGAAAAAAAAAGAUAAACUACUGUUUCAAAAUGGCUAGUGUAUUUUAAUGUGCCCUGCAUUAUAUUGCCUUCAAGUUUGAUGUACAUCCUGAAACAGACAAAUGGAAACAGAUGGUGAAAACUUCGUGUAAAGCCUAAUAACAACAUAAACAUCCCUGUCUUAUAUUAAAUUUUAGAUUGUUGAGUUUUUAAAUAAAACUUUGACAUUCCACACAUGUAUUUUUAGGAACCCUACCAUUGUAGUCUAAAUAAUAAUAAGAAAAAAGGCAUAAAUUUGGCUACAAGUAUGCAAGCAAGUUACAACUUAAACUAGUUUUAAAAGUGCACCUUUUAGUACUAAACAUUUAUAUGUUGUGCAGUCGAAUUGAAUAGAAACAAAUGCAAUUCCUAAACUUUAGCAUAUUUGUGUUUACAUUUGCAUCAGUUGACUUGAAAAAAGGUAACAUUCCUAAGAAAGCCUUGUGUAAAUUGUAUUGCACUAUGUUACACAAACAAAUUUUUAUUCUGCUCUUUGAUUGGCCAGUUUAAGUAAGUGAAAGGAAUUCUUUCUUUUUAUUAUUAUUUUCUACUAAUAAGCUUUUUGUUCAUCCAUUUAGAAAGACCACUGAGACGUGCUUUUGCUAUUUUAUAUAUUCAGUGCCAAAUUCCCCUUUGCUGCCAUUAUUACUAUCACUGCAUUUUUUUGUACCAUAAGCAGUGUUAAAAAACAGGUAUUUCUGUCAUUAAUAAAAUGUUGCACUACUGAAGCUGGCACUUACUGAUCAUUCACUUGUAUUUUACUUAUCUUACUCAUAUAUUUUCCUAACAGAUAAUUUGAAGUCUACAGAAAUGAUGCUUGUUUCAGUAUGCUAUUUUGUCAGCGUUUUGUAUGUAGAUUUUGUGUUUGUAUAUAAAAAAUUCACUUUAUAACUGUUCAGUUUAAUUUUGCUUUAACUGAAAAAAGAUGCA